AUGUCUAAGCUUUUGAAAUUGACUGGGUUUACUACACUAAGCACUUUGCUAGGUGUUUCCUAUUACUAUUACGUGAUUGACAGGCCACUAUACCAACAAACUGCGCUUCAUAAGACCAACGUUCAGGUUGAGAACAUCAUUGACAACAAAGCGCAAUUCCAAUAUGAGCAUAUGAGCCGGGAUUCCCAAGCUGUUGUACAAAGGCCAUUUGCUGAAACUGUUAAGGACAUUUGGAACAAAGAAGUACGCAAUACUGCUGACUGGCUAUACUCUUGGGGAAAAUGA